CGUUAUAAAUGUUUUCUUUGAAAUUCAUUCAGGCCUGAUCAAAUGUUCUUCAUAAAUAAAAUGCAUGAAACGACUUUUAAAAUAUAUGACAAUUGUUUUAAUAACACCACAUGAUAAAACCACAUGGAUAUGAAAUAAUUGUUCUUUUGAUAUGAUAAAAAUAAUUUCUGUUAUUUAUCUGGAAAAAAACCCAAACCAAACAAUCAAACCAGGAAGCGAAAAUUUAGAGAGAAAAUUUGUUGACCGUUCGCGUGUAUAUAUAAAAAUAAUGACAUCGUAAAUCAAAAGUCUGCACAUUGACGUCGUUUGUUUAAAAUUCUAGUUUUUGUUUUAUACGAAAGAAAGCCAGGAAUUUUUAACCUCUGUAAGGAGGCGUGGCAACAGAAUUGGAAAGUACUGAAUGGAGCUGUUUCCAGAAAACUAACGGGGAUAACCGAUCACAGGGUAUAAAAUAAGGGCGAAAUCUCGUUCGGUCCAGUUCGUUGUUUUACAUGUAGAUAGGUAAUUUCCACUCUCAUCAUGUUCCGAUACCUUCUGGUUUUCUCGUUGGUCUUUUUAUUGAUUACGGAGGAUGUAUGUGCUUGGAGAAGAUUUAGAAGAUUCAUAAGAAAAGCUAAAGAGAAAGUCGCUAAGGUGGCAAGAGUUGUAGCUACUGUCAGAACUGCUGCGGCAGUUUUAGGGAAAAGGUCCACAGAUGAUGACGUGCUCAAAUUGGACAUCUGUCAAUUUUCAUCUUUUGAUCUGGACAACGACAACAACAUUAGUGACUCGGAAAUAAAUGUCCUUAUUGAAAUGACUGGGAUGGAUGAUCUUGAUGAAUUCUUUGAACAACUUGAUAUAAACAAAGAUGACAAAGUCACAAUUGAGGAGCACACCAAUUCCAGACUUAUCAAGGAGGCAUGUUCAUGAUGUGAAUCGUUUCAAUGCGUGCAUAAAUCUUGUUCAUAUUCACUACUUUAAUGCAUCUGAUAGACAGUUUAAGCUUAAACCUUGAAUAAACUAAAUUCGUUUUAUUUCA